AUGAGAUGCUAUGAGGAACCUAGACAUACUAAUGAGGAAACUGAUGCUUGCGCUACUUCACAUAGAAAUUUUAUGACGAAAGUUUAAGAAGAACUUACAUAAUCUCUAAUGGCCAAAAGUAAAGCGCUUGAGACCUGUACUGAUUACUGCAAAGAUGAAUAGGAUUUGAAUUGUAUAAAUAAAUGUGGGACUAAAUAUCUGAAAGAUCUGCAUCAAGACUUUGAUGACAAAUUAAAACGGUACAUCAGAGAUUAUAGUAAAAUAUAAUGA